CUUUGCUGUUAUUUUAUUUGAAAAUGUCGUCGGUUUGUUUACAUCAUUGUUGCUUCCAACAGCUGUCAGUUCCGUUCGUUAUCAACCGUUAAUUUAUGUGCGCGCAACAAUAAACGUCGCCAUUGUAGGGAUUACCAGGCAAAGUUAUUCAUUCGCGCUCAGUGUUUGUACGCAGAAGAGGCGAAUACACGCAGUUUGGUCAAUUUCUGUAACAAGUGACGCCGGAUGUGGUUGUAAUUUGCAGAUAGAAGUAUGGACCGUUUACGAGUAUUAAGCUUCGCGUUCUGUAACUUCGAACAUCAGUGAGGAUGACGUUAAGAAGGCACGCUGAGCAAGAAGACACGGGAAGUAACUGCGACCACGCCUUCAACGAGACGACGGAGACGGGACACGUGGUUGGUUUGCUGGACCGCGACCAGAGGACGGCUUUGUCGAGAGCGAAGUUCGACGACAUGAGAGCGGUGUUCGUAUCACAACCUUCGUCUCCGCGAUGUAGUUGCAAUGGCACCACCGCGCGUCGGCCAAAUCUGCAGCCCCAAAUUUCCCGAACACGAAGCCAUAAAAUCAAACGCCAUCUUGUACGAAGAACGUUACACAGAUUCCACGAGGCUCUCUUUGUGUGCGCGUGUUUACUGACUUUGAUCCGUGUUCCGUCGGCCAUGUCUGCACCGACGUCUCGCCAUGGCAGUCUGGACCAGGAGCGCAUGAAUUCGCACCCGAAAUGGAUCAACCCCUGCGGACUCGGGGCCAGCGACGAUUUCGACAGUGAGCUGGACAGCGUUCCGCGCCUCAGCGACAAUGAACUGCUGUCCUCCAUCAUCGUGGCUGCCAAAGGUGCGCUGAUGCACGCCGAGCGCUUCAAGGAGAACUACGUUAAAAACACUUUCAACGAGAAUUUCCGAAAGUUUCACCAAGAAUGGAAAUCUACACGCUAUGAAUGGCUCCCAACUACGGAACAAAUUUCCAAGAAUUUGGGAGAGCCCAUCCCAAUUGAACAGCUUCAAAAACUCGAGCUGGACGUCGCCCUGAAGGACACGUUUGCUUAUCUGCAGAAGUUCGCAGUGGGCAUGGAGCAGAUCGUAUGGGACCAGAUUGACAACAACGGAGCCUACAAGGAUCAAUUCGCGGACAUCGAGUUCAGACUGAGGGCGACUCUGUGUGAGAUCCAGGCGGCGAUGCUGGAGCGAGGCGUGAUGCAGUACGAGAACGUCACGCGGCAGAUAAUGGCCAACGAACUUCGUCACAUGGGCAACUCGUCCUAUCGCAACAUGAGGGACUGGGUCAUCUUCCGGGACUGCAUGAACGGGCUUGAGUACGUCAUCCAGGUGUUCGAGUACUUACAACAAAAGCUGACCUCCUGAAGCAUGCCCCUUCUUGGACAGGAGCUUCACAUCAGCGGGCAAGAUGGACAUAAGGUACACAAAAACUUCCGUCGAAAACUUCGGGUUCCGACUUCACAGUAGCGGGAUCCAGAAACAAACACAAGUCUUCGAAACAUCUUAAGUUUUUUACUUGAAAGUAGAAACUUGAGUGAACCUGAGGACUAAUUUUUUAAGUAUCUUCCGCUGGUCAACUGUAGCUCCAUCCAAGAGGGUAGUGAAAACUUCAAAUGAUAAUGUGACACUACUUUUUAAAAAAAACAACUUUUUUUUUUAUUUUACGUGAUAUAUAAAUCAAUGUUCUUACAUAUAUGACAGACAGACAGACAGAUAGAUAUUUUUGUCUCUGUCCACGGGAUACUGUCACGUCAUUGAAAAGUCGCCGAGUCAUUGUAUGUUACGUACCAGUAAAUACUCUUAUAUACUAUGAAACAUUUAAACCAUAAGUAUCAUGUGUUAGAAAUAUUAUGUAUGUGACUCCUCCCUGUUAUAAGCAUGUGGAUUUUAACAGGGAAGUGAAAGCUUUAAAUGUAUGUACAUAAUUAAAUUUUAGAGCCAGAAUAGAUAGCGAAGUGCCGUCCAAAAUCUCUGGUGACUAUAGAAGCCAAUGUAGCCCAUAUUUAUAUAUAUAUAUAUAUAAAAACAUUUUGACAUGAUGUUAAUUGU